UAGACUGGAGGAGAUCAGAGUGAGGGCACUGCGUAAUAUCCUGAGUAAGCUUGAGCAUGAUCUAAUCUGUGAGGCAGAUCUGGUGCAACAUCGGCAGUUGCACAUACACCUGCUGGAAUGGUUCAAUCAUGACAAGUGCUCACACCAGCUUGAGGUUCUGCAACUCAUCAAACAGCUGACAAAGCAUGAUUCAGCUGUGAAGCAGUUUCUGGAUAUCGGAGCAGUGGACUUCCUUUCUAAGCUUCGUUCAGAUAGUGAGGAUCACGUACACCCAGUAAUAGAUGACAUCCUGGCGAGUCUACUCAGAUUAUCCAGCCAAGAUCAGUCAUUGCGCAGAGGGGGCUGUACAUGUAUCUAUCAGCAGCAUCGAUGUCCUGUGGUCCAGAAAGAAAUUUCCAGAAACCUAGAAGAGGUUGGGAAGCCUGACUGUGCUGAGAUGAGGACGACGGAUGUUCAUCGUGGCUACUUCCCUCAUUCUGUUACCAAUACAAAGAAAGCGCUGCACACAAAUGACCUCAGCAGUUCACCAAAUUCAGAUGUUGGAUGUGUGAAAGGAUUGACUUUUUCGACAUUUCCUUGGUUGCCUCUCACACCGACAGACAGACAUGUACUGAUCUCCACUAACAGUUCUUUGUGUAGUCCAAGACCUAGCCUUGUUCUCAACUCGUGUGAAUUUGUCAGUGGAGUCGUCUUGCAAGAUUUUCCUGCUGAAAUAUUUUUACAGAGGCCAAGCAUCACCAAGAGUCUGUUGUCUUUGCUUGGCCUGAAGCCCCUCAGCGUUGGUGAUAACUCCAUACCUCUAAGUGCCAUCAAGUGCUUGAGGGAAUUAUCCACUCUGUUACUUUCACGUCACAGGUUUUAUCAUGACCCUGCCCUGUAUUGCCCCAAACAAGAUUUUGGGUCGCAGACAGCCUCUUCUACAUCCUCUGGAACGGUAAGGGCAUCCUGCUCAACAAGCCAAUCAACUCUCAGCUCAGACCCUAGACCCUCAGUGAUUGGUCGCAAUGAACCUCGUAUGAGAGGCGAUGGAAGAGAUGGUGACUCUCCAAGCUCCGUAGAUUCAAGUCACACAGUGCCAGACCAAGCUCCUUCUGUCUCCGACACUGACAGUGAAGAUGCUAUCAUUCUCCAGUUCUCACAGCUUACCCUUCCCGAGUUUGCAACUGAUGUCCUGUUUCAUGUGACACCACUCCUAAAGACUGGUACCACAGAAAUGUUUGUAGCGAGUCUGUACCUCCUGCAUGAGGCCUUGAAGCUUAUAAGGAUAGCAAUGACAUCAGAGAUAUGGGACGAUAGCAGUGCUGCAGGCAGAGCCUUGAUUGACAAGUUAUUGGAUAGCUUUGAAACCCUUGGCGAGGUUAUACACUACCAUUAUCUCCAGUGCCAUGGAACUGAUGAUGAUGAGUCAUCUUGCCCUGCCGUAUCUGAUGAGGCUUUCAUUCAUCAUCGUUUGUCCACAAUUGCUGUUGUUGCUCUUGUGAAGAAACUCAUCCAAGAACUUGUUCCACUUGAAAAGGCUAAAGAUGUGUUACCAGAGAGUCUGUCCUUGUCAUUAUACCUUGCUGUUAUGGAUCAAGGUCUGCUGUACUGUACACCUGAUGUUCGACCAUUCCUGUUGGCCGUCAUACAAAGGUGCUUACCCAGUAAGCAUAGACUGUACCAACAGGUUGCAAGCAUCUGUAACUCCAUGGACAGUGCUUGUAUGUUCCUUCAUGAGAUUGACAAAGAGAGCACAAAUGUUGAGAGAUUGCUUGACUUAGCAGAGGCAAGCCUCAGAAGUCUGCAUUAUCACAGAAUUCUGACAUUAGCAGAUAAGUUUGUUCAACUAUGCUCUGACAUCUGCAGUUCAUCAAAUGGGAAGUUGCUCAGAUAUUCUGGACGGAUUCUACUGAGAUUCCUUGCCUGUCCCGAGCAAGACGUAAAGUUACAGACCUAUGCUGCAUGUCUCAAGAUUGUCAAGGAUGUCAUAAAUGUAGAGGAGUCCAUCAAAGCGAGACCAAGUGCCACUGAACGCAUCCAUUUCCUGCUUGAUUCCAAGAUUCUGUAUGAGAUAUGUUGUUUUGGACUCUUUGAUGAGCAAGAGAAGGUGUGCAGCCAAGCUGAAGAUUUGAUGUGCCAUCUGUUUCAAGGCCAACUCUUGAUGUCACCAACCACCUGGUGUGUUUUUCUGCAGGCGUGUGUCCCUGUACUCCCCGUCUUGCAGGCACUCGCGAGUAGGAAAACCCAACUGUCUGCCUGCAUUCUGGGAUUGCUGGAACCCAGUGCCUCAAGGAGCAAAUCAGCAGAGUUUGAAGUAUUGCCUGAUCUAGAGAAGCUCAGAGGAUCCUUGAGACUUCUCCUGUGUCAAGAUCAAAGUGCUCGUCUGAAAGGAGCUAAGUCUGUCCUGUACUACCUAACCAAGGAGACUAGUAGUUCAUUGAAGCUUCCUUCUAUAGAUAACUACACACUGAAUGAUGUAGCUGAUCUACUACUAAUGGACCAUGCCAUCCAUCUAGAUACACAUAACAGUGGACGAUCAGUAUUUCAGGUGGAAGGUCUCGUGCAGAUCUUCGGUAUCUUCACAGCAGCAAAUACAGAGGCUGGGCUACGGAAAUCUGCACUGGAACAGAUAGCCAUCAUCCUACAAGAUGUCACUCUACACAAAGCUUUCUUAUCGCAAGGUGGACUGGACAAGAUUCUGGAUUGCAUGGUGAAGGCAACAACGGCGUCUACUGCUGAAUCUGAUCAGGAUAUGCUUGGAAUGAUUCCAGCCUGUUUGUGUAUUCUUCGCCAUGUCUUACACGAAGACCCCUUACUACGACGUCAGUUUGCCCGUCAAGAUUAUAUAUACUAUCUCUUGAUUAGAGGUGGUCUUCUAUGCUACACUGACUGCAGGGCUCGGUACCAUUUAGCCCACGUUGCAGUUUUAUUGCUAUUUGACGAGGUAGCUUGUUUAUCUAUCGCAGAGGCCCAACCAGUCAACCACUUCACUCUCCCCAAAUGUAUAUCCCAGAAAUACAAGCUUCCUUUCAGAUGUCAGACCACCCCUUCUCAUAGCUCCUAUCGGAUGGAGGAUUCAUCCGCAGAUGACUCUCUGAACAAAUCGUCUGUUGCAUGGAAACUGCUUAGGAUUGCAUGGAAUGUUGCAUGGCAUGGUGGAGUAGAAGGACUAAUGGACAAGAUCAAGUCUGGAGCACUCAAGGAGUCAGUUGCCAGUUUCAACUCCCGCCUAGCUUUAACUGCGGAGGACCAAUUGUUCCUGAAAUGUAGUCAUGUACCAACAAGUCUCAAUCAGUGUUUGCUGUCAGUCUGUGAUGCCCCCUCACAUCAUGCUGUGAAGGUGAGUUUGUGGAGACUGUCUGGCUGGCUAUUGACAAAUAUGUUGACGCAUAAUGGAAUGGAUACCAACAAGGCCUGUCCAGAUAUCACACAGUUGCUACUACAGCUAGAUUUCAAGACGGCUCUGGCCAGAUUCAUUGGCAUAGUGCCAGUCAGUGUAGAUGACAAGAUACUACUGACUGAAGUACUUUCCUUCUUGAUGCUGUUAAUGAAGUCACUGGCCCUGAAUCCUUCUUGCUUAGACUUCCUUCACUGGCUAGGCAAUGCUGCCUGUAUGCCCACAUCUAUCCUGAUUGGGCUUCUGAACCAAACCAACAAGCCUGGUGACGCUGAGGUAGACAGGCAUGAUCAUCAGAGACAGGGGGAGGUUGGAUCCUCAGUACAAAGAAUGCUACAUAAACAACUCGUCACAUUCUUUGGUUCAUAUGUGCAAUGUCUGCCUCUGUCAAGUGAAGCAUGGAGGAGAAAGACAGGUUACUUAGGGGGAUCCCUGGCCCAUGGAUUACUACUGAGUCUCAACUCAGCAGAUGCUGCUCACUUCUAUGAUCUACCAUCUCUUGAGAACACAUUGCAUUCUCUUGUUCAUGUUACUGCUAGACCUGGCUGGAGUUUGGACUGGAAGGAUGGUGAUAGUCUCUCACUAUGUCAGCACCUGCUGAAUUCAUUGUUAGAGGUGAUAUCAGCUUUCCAUGUUGGCCGAGGAGGAACUGCCAUGUCCUACAUGGGCAAAGGAGUUACAAAAAGUGCUACUGUAUGUUUGUGCCAUUUAGCUCAUGAGAUGGCCAACAGGGCACAUCAAAAGAAUUGGUCAACGGAGUGGCUUUACACAAAGCAAAGACAGGACGGACUGGCUGAGAUUGGACUAGAAUGGCUGAUACCACUCUGGUCUUAUAGGGAUCCAGAGGUCAGGGCAGCUGGGCUGGGCAUAGCCACUGUGUUAUCUUCCGUGGAAUCUGGCCGUGUUACCAUGACGAAGGGUUGCCAGCAUCUUCCUGGUGGUUUGUGGGCCGUUGCAUUUGGAGUGCUAUUAGACCAGUCAGAGUGCAGCAUCGUACGGCGCCAGGCUGCAUUGCUGCUUGUUAAUCUGAUGAGUGAACGUCUUCCCGAGAGAGAUACGGACAGCCUGAACAGCAGGAAGGAGACAUGGAUUGGACCUUUUGUGCAUGAUCAACAGACACAGCUUUGCUUAUCUGGUGCACCUGCACUUCAUGCCGUCUUGGAACACUAUAACAUAUACCAAGGUAUAACUGCCUCCUUGUACCACUUCUAUGGUCAAGCUAGCAUCCAACCAGUCAGCAUAGUGGAAGACUCAACUGUCAUAUCAAGUAGCGUGGCAUCAGGUCUGUCUACUGCAACUACACCAGAUGUUGGUAGUAGCCAAUCAAAUGGUGGUAGUCCUAACACGGUAGGGCAACCCAACUUGAUGGAGGAAGACCAACCUCAAAUAUUCUCAUCUUCAGCAGAUAGUGGUGGGCUGUCUGCUGGCACAUCGCUAGCUGUACAGUCCAAUCAAGGCUCCAGCAAAUCCAGCUCAUCUUACUCAGCAGGUCGUGCUGUGACAAGACCAAACACCACUGGACGUUACAUCAGUGUGGUUACCCCAAGUCUUGUGGCUGCGUUCAGCUGUCUCCUGCGAAACCUUAUAGCUCUGUCUCCUCAAGAAACUAUUGUCAUGAUUGAUAAGGAAGGCAUUCUCAAACAGUUGAUCAGGCUUGUAGAUGUGGAGGGUAUAUCCAAUCUCCUGCAUCGUCUGACACUGUCUUCUAGCCCUGAGCACAGCAAGACAUGCCUUCAGCUUUCUGGUCAUCUCGUGAUGUGUUGUGAUAUACUCAGAUUAUAUCAGGCAUACAAACAAGCCCAGGACCAAUGCAAAACUACCAGCGUGGAUGACAAGUCUGUGUUUUUGCUGGCUUGCAGGUUAUUGGGCUUAUCCAGCACUUCUGCAACAGGUUCAUCGAUCUGGCAGCAAAUACAUGAUGUAUGGAAGUGUGUGUUCAUGCUCAUGUUGACUCAAGUCAAGGCAUGUGGUCAUGAUGGGUUUCAAGAUCUCAAGCCAGUCAUUGUCAGCCAUUGGACUGUGAUCACAGCGGCUAUCAUCCAUAUAGUCAAAUCACCCAUGGCCUUAUCUACCAGAAUAGUUUCUCUCAACUUCCUGGCCAGUUUAUUGGAUAAGAUGCAUGGUUGGCAAAGUAGUCAGGUAAGGAGGAAGGAAGAUGUGCAGUCUUGCCAAGGUGAUGUGGAGGAGGAUGGAGAUGACGUGAUGAAUGCAGUACAUGUCCUUGAUGAGGAGAGAACAACUGCUGGUUGUGCAGCAUCAAGUGGCAGUUGGCUUUGUAGUGUUCUUCUUCAAGCCUUUGAUGGGACACUCUCAAGAUCUUUAGACAACCCUGGAUCUGCUUCAGAGAAGACUAGUAUCAUCUGUGCUCUAAGAAACCUGUUGGCCAUCAGUCACCAGGCCAAGAAAACAGCUGUCAAAUCUGGUUUGAUUGAAUCGAUCUUGGACAGUAUGCAACACACACAUGCCAAACUCAAUGUUGAAUGCCUACAGCACCCAAGGCCAGUAUCCAAGAAUAAGGAAGAGCCUUUGUUGUUGCAACUCGUUAGCCAAAUGGGCCUGCUGCAGAACUGUUUAUGUGGCAGCCAGGAAGCCAAGAUGACCAGCCUUGAAGCAGGGCUCACAUCUGUUCUUCUCAAACUGUGGUCAUGGUGUCUCCUUGACAACAGGCUACUAGCAGCAACCCUGUCCCUCUUGGCAGGGUAUACAGCCAACUGCACCCCAGCCUGCUCCUCGCUAGCCCAGUGUCUCCCCGGCCAAACAGGAUCAUCGUUACUCCAUCGCAUCAUCCAACAAAUUGACAGGGAGAAGAAACAGGUCAUUGGUCAAAUCAAAGAUCAUCAGCAACAGACUAAAGGACUAUUUAUAGUCCUGAGUAAUGUCAUCGUAGCAGCUGAAUGCAGAAAUGCUCUCUGGAAGAGUGGAUUCCUGCAGACAUUUUCCCAAGUGUGCCCAGAGAGGAAGCAGACAUCUAGUCGAAGGUCUUUGACUGGAAAGCAGCUGACUGCAGCCCUCUGGCUUCAACUCCUAGCCAACUUGACCUUAUCUACAGAGGGUCAACAGAUGGUCAUGAGAAUCCCAGAUGUAUUAGAGUUAUUGCUUCUUUUGGGUGAAUCAGCCAAUGAUGAUGUGUCCAAGCUGGCUACUCUGACCCUACAUAAUCUCUGCUUCCACAGCGCUAACAAACCAAAACUACUUGCAUCAGAGAAAAUGUUACCUUUCUUUGAGAAGAGGCUGGUUUCUGGAAGCAAGUCUGCACAGAGCAUGGUUGUCAAUGCAUUAUGGGCAUUACUGUAUGAAAGUCAGAAGGCCAAGGCUAUUCUGAAAAGCUCUGCUAUAUUCCAGUGUCUUUUAGAUGCUCAGAGCCAAGCAUUGAUCAGCCCUCAUCAAACUUUGACCUUGCCAGCCAAAGGUCAAAAUGGAAGAGAUAACAGUCUUUACCAGGCCCUAUCCUCCGUCUUGGCAUUGAUGAUUGAUUAAUAUCAGGUACUACAUACAUUUUGUAUAUGUAAACCUCUUUUGAACUUGGUUCUUUUAGACAAGAUUAAAAUAUAUAAGAGGAUUCAUUCAAUUUGGAUUCUGAUCUGCAAUGUUAUGUCAAAUGUCUGUUAACAUUCAUGGGCAUGUAAAUACAUCCUGUAUAGUGUUUUGUUUUGUGAGAUCCUUUCAUGUCAUGGUAAUGCUCAUAGUCAAGCAAAACUGUUCAUCAUUGAUCUAAAAGAACAGGGUAACAUAAUGAUAUUAAAAAUGUUUGUUUACAUAACUUCAUGCCUAAAUUAAGGUACCAAACCAGUAACUUUUAAUGAUAUUGUUCUUUCCCUACGUGCAGCAAAUGCAUAUUGGCAGUUCCAGCAUCACGACGUUUUUGUAUCUUACGAGCUCACUCAGUGAAUAAACAUGAAAAUGUAUUUUUCAAAUCUAAUACAUGUACAUCUGUAUUUCAGAGAAUGUUCAGAGAAUGAAUGAAUACCCAUAUAUGCUAUCUUGAUUGCCGUUCACUCUUUUCAGUAUAAUAUCAGUAUUAUUUGGCUGAGUUUGUAUGAGCUCCUUGCACAGUGAUUUUUAUAGUACAUGCUGCUGAAACAGUUUAUUCAUCAAACUUAUUCCUUUGAAAGUAUUCAAAUGAAAUGACGUGGUUUUUGUCUCCGUAAAGUUUUGAUGAAACUUGUCAUGAUUACUCCGACAGGAAUAUCACCAAGUGAUGUUACUUUCUGAAGACGUGCCAAUAAUAUGUCAUAAUUAAUUAUUGUGUAAGGAAUAAACAGACCAAUUAAAAUAAGAUUGAGUGCUGUUAAGUGCGUAGACAGUGGCAUUAAUAUUAAGAGCCGAAAUACUUUCUUUACAGAAGGAACAGGAAUGAUCUAUGAAGCCAAACAUUUUAUUUGAGGAUCUUUAUGUAGAUGGUGUACUGCUGGAUGUGCUCAUUGUAACAUAAAAUCAAAAUCAAACAUGAAAACCACUUAGUUUGGAAUUGUUAGCAUUUCUGGAGGUAGAUGACACGAUAAGUUAUUGAUUAUCGGUGGAAUUAUCCAAAAUGUUGGUGUGCUUUAAUGUGAAGAUUGAGAAUGGACAAGAAGUAGAAUGUCAUAUAAAAUAGCAGUUUGCUCAAAAUUUCCGACCAAACAACCGUUUGACUGAUAAUACACGAAAUGCUGUCUUGCAGUUAUUAUGUUGCAGCCGUAUUUCUGUACAUAUAGGCCUAAUAUUUUGGCCAAAAGACGAUUUUUAUGUACAUUUAUAUAGGCCUAAAAUUUUGGCCAAAAGAUGAUUUUUCUGUAUAGGCCUUGUAUUUUGGCCAAAAGCCGAUUGUUUGUAAUGGUAAAUCGGCCAUACGGGAUAUGGAUUUUUUUUAUUGUGCUAGCGUGUGUGUGUGUGGGGGAAUUAUUAUUUGGGGGGAUUAUUAUUUGAGGGUAAUGGCAGACUGAUCAUCUCCCCUAGUACAGAGAAUGACCCAUUUUGUGCGCAGAAGAGCAUUACUAUAUAGGGACGAGCUUGAACCACCAGUUAUUUGCGCAGAAAUUAGCAACACUGUCAUUUUGUUUUGAAUGCCAAGUGCACAUUUUGUUGAAAUAUAUCAAUAAAAGGUGGCUCGGGCCUCACAUAUGUUAUCUUUGGAUUUCAUCAAAGCA